AUGCUCAAUGACGCGAGUGUCUCCGAAUCUGAGGCCCUGCGCCUCGCGAACAUCUCGCCGUCCUCUCGAGCGCUCCCGUGCAUUGAGUCUGCAAUGCAGAGCAACCGUACCCCCAUUCAUCGCCUGCCGAACGAACUGCUCUCAGAAGUUUUUCUGUGGCGUCUACGAUCCAUGGAGGAUGAUGACGAGGCAAAGAACCCUAUGAUAGCGCUGGACCUGGUCAUUCCACUUGUUUGCAAGCUAUGGCGAGCGGUCGCGCAUGGCGAACCGCGUCUUUGGAGAUGCAUCAUAGCUCCGAGACCUGCCCUCUUGGACGCCUUUAUCCAGCGUUACCUGCCGCGCUCUGGCGGUCUCCCACUCGAUCUCAAGUCGCACGAGUUCCUCGAGAACACGAUACCGUUCGUCAAUGCAAUGGCACCGUAUGCUUCGCGUUGGCGCUUCUUGAGCCUGCGUGGGACUUGCCAAUCUUUCAGAGACAUGGCACCGCUGGCGACACCGAUGCUGCAGAACGCGCAUAUACUGUCUCAAUACAACCGCGAGGAGAACCAGAACCUGUCGCUGCCUUUAUUGGAUGACGCGCCCCGGAUGCAGUCCCUCCUAGUCGUCUGCUCUUCUCGGAAUGUGGGGUCCCCUUUCUCAUUCUCGCCACCGACUUCCGCAAGUCUCACGAAAAUGAUGGUCAGCAUCUCGAACUACGAGAUGCCCACGAUCGUUAGGUGCUUGAGACAGCACUCCGCGACGCUGACAGAUCUCCUGCUGAGGGCUCGAGAUCCCUAUUCAGGCUCGACCACACACGAUCCACCAGUCGACUUCCCUCGUCUGACGAAACUAGAUCUUGGCGCCGGCGACUGCUGUGGCCUAUUGAAGCUGAUCUCAGCCCCGAUGAUCCACACGAUCAUGAUUCGCGAGCUUUCCGAAGAGGCGUCUGACGCCCUCCUUGAUUUUCUAGUCCGCGUCCCUGCUGCGGCUACGAGUCUGCGCAGAUUUGCCCUAUUCAGGCCUGGCACCGAUCGCGACCACUAUGAGAACGUCCUGCAAUGUCUCGCGCUUAUGCCCAACCUUGAAGAAUUGCGUUUCGGGCCCCUCGAAGCACCGGGACCACUAUUGUGGGGUAUGGCUAUCUAUCAGCUCGAGCACCAGGUCAUAGCCCCCAAACUGCAAUAUGUCAUUGUUGACGACUGCGUCGAAGACGUGGACUCGCUGCGUGACUUCAUCGAGUGCAGAUCCUUCACGCGAGAUGUCCGAGGGACCGUUGUGGAAGCCAUGUAUGCUACAAUCCCAGACUCUGUCGCAGAGCGCCUGCGGCAGCUAGAACACUGCCUACUUAUCCAGGAAUCAGAAGAUGACACGUUGGACGUCAAGGCAUGCGACUCCUCACGAAUUGCUACCCGUAGCACGCGCCCUACUCCGGCGCGUUCUAAGGGCUCUGCACUUUCGACGAGGGGGAAGGGCAAAGCGCCACUCGACCAAGACUCGGAGCGCGCGAACAAGCCUCCGGUUCGCAAGCGUCAGAAGUUGAAGCCAGACGCGACAAGGGCGACGAAGAAGAGCGCUGGCACGGGAUUGAGAUCGACGAAGCGUGGCAAGCUUGCCGCGCUGCAGGAGAUGCCGCUGGACAUCCUCUUCGAGAUCUUCAGCCAAGUCGAUGUCGCGACCCUAUUUUAUAUCUCCCGCACGUGCAAGUCUCUGCGCAACAUCCUCAUGAGCCGCUCGUCGAACUGGAUCUGGAAGAGCAGCUACGCGAGCGCGCCACACGACUUGCCGCCCCUCCCCGAGGAUAUGAGUAUCCCGAAGUGGCUCAGUCUCAUCUUUGACCGGGUGUGUCAUUUCUGCCCCACCUCCCGCCUUGGGGACAGCUCCAUCAUCUGGGCCGCACGCGCCCGCGCUUGCAGGAAGUGUCUCCUGUCCAAAUGCCUGGUGAAGGAAGGCCUGUUUCACAAGAUGGACGCCAUCGCGGACCUGGGCGGCGAAUUCGGCGAGCGCCACAUCGACAGGCUUUUCCCUUGGGUCGUGAAUGACCAGUGCGCGCGGAUCGCCGAUAAUCUGUAUCCCGUGGUGGUAGUGGACCGGUUUGUCGAGGCGUAUCAGCGAGAUGGGGUCAAAGAUAUGGUGAAGGACGAGAAGGAGCGCUGGCUGCAUGGACAGAAGUCAGGGCUGAAGAAGCUCAAGAAGCACGUCGAGCUCUGCGAGCAGUGGGAGCAGGCCCGUAGCAUGCAGAAAGCGCGCGAUAUUCAAAGGAUACGAAGCGAGAGGCACGACGAGAUUGUCCGCAGGCUGAAUAAGAUGGGCUGGCGCAAGGAGAUAGAGGACUGGCGUGUUUCCUACGAGUUCUCGCGCCACGAGCUCGUGAACAAAGCGCAGCCGCUAACGGAGAAAGUUUGGGAUCAGAUUCGCGAGCCCCUCGUACGAUUCUUGCAGGGUAAAAGGGGCGAGAGGCGGCAGGAAGAGGCCCAAAUAUUGGAGGAGGGGAAGGAAAGGGAAAAGCAGGACAGGUACCGCCGCCUCCGUCAAGCUUACGCUGAUUUUCGCCUCGCGCACCCCUUCCGCUCGGUCUUCCCGGGCAUCGGCGAUAUCGUCACCUGGCAAGAGAUCGUGGCCGUCAUGGAGGGCACGCCGCUUACCGAGGCGCUCUCGAGGGAGCGCCUGCGCGCGGUCAUCAAUGCCAUCCCGAAGGCGCGCUUCGAUAAGUGGCGGGCCGACCGCGACGCAGAGCUCGUGAAGGUGCUGAAUAUGUGGCGAAAGAAGGGCCAGCCGCGGGCGACGGCGGCGGAUCUGCGCCUCGCAACGACGCUGUUCAGGAGCAAGCACUGCGCGCACGGCCUCCCGUAUCCGCUCGUCUUGAAGUGGCGCCCCUCCGUGCACGCGAAAGACGGGAGUAGAGACGACCCGCAUGUGCUCGUUGGGCAGCGGACGUGGUCGGUGGAACAGUUGACGCCGUCGGAGCGGCAGAUCGGGAGCGUUCUCGUCGAGCUCGCGGGGCUCGACCCGGCGACGGCGACGCCUGAGGAGAUGGACGCGCUGGACCCGUGGUACGCGGAUGGGACGACGAACAGCCAGGGGGAGCAUCUGGCGAUGUCGUGGCGAUAUGUGCUCACCUCCUUCGACUGCUUCAGAGAGAACGUCGACCUCCACAUCUUGACUGCCAAUCAGGCCGCGCGAGCGCGCGAGAAGCGCUCCGAGCGCAGCGUGCCCAACAUCCACGGGCAAGAGGUCAAGUGCAAGUACUGCGACAAGCUCUUCGAGGAGCGCCAGAAGGUGAUGGACCAUUUGACGAAAGAGCACCGCGUCAAGAUCAUUGAAUCGGAGGAUAUUGUUUUUGGCCUGGACUUCGAUGCGGAUCACAAAGGCUUUGUCUAUCUCGAGAAAGAGGUUAUGGAAUAGCUGUAGUACCACGAAAUCUACAAGAAUAGAUGCGCAGGACAAUGGCUGG